AUGGCAAGGAAACAUGACUGUGAGAAACAUCAGGAAGCACUGAAGCUGUUUUGUGAAACUGACAAGAAAUUGAUCUGUCUGAUUUGUGUAGAUUCACAAGAACAUAGCGAGCACAAUUUCAUCUCGAUUAAAAAAGCUGUUGGAAUCUACAAGGAGAAGGUGACAUGUUCUCUCACAGAGAAGGAAGCAGCCGUUCGAGAAACUGAACAGAAAGAGAAACAGAAGAUUUCUGAAAUUAAGGAAAAGGGGAGCGAUCUGCAGAGCCACAUCACAUCCGCGUUCGCUAAAAUGCACCAGUUCCUCACCGAGAAAGAGCAGCGUUUAAUCCAAGAUCUCAGGGAACAAGAAGAGAAGAUUAUAGAACCAUUAGAGAAAAAUCUUCUAGAAAUUCAGGAGAAGUUAAAUUGUAAUCAGAAAAAACUCUCGAAGUUACAGGAACAAAUGGAAUAUGAAGAUGAAGUUUUAUUUCUGAAGGAGGAAACAUCUCGGACAAGGAGCCCAGUGCUCGAGUGCAUCGGUCCUCUUUCCCAGGUCUUGAAGCAUAGCAGAUACAACAGCCAGCUUCUCUUCAAUUUGUUCCUGGAUCUGCCUCCCCAGGACCUCACGGGAUUUGGUCAGCUCCUCAACCAAGGCCUGGUGAUUCCAGCCUCUCUGACCCUGGAUCCGGACACAGCCCAUCCUGAUUUCAUUGUGAAUGAGGACCGGACCAGUGUGAGACUCAGAGACAGUGACAGCUUCCAUUUCCGAUCCCUGUACAAAUUGGAGAGGUUUGAUCCUUCAUUCUGUGUCCGGGGCUCAGAGGGAUUCACCUCAGGGAGACAUUACUGGGAAGUGGAGGUGGGAGACGGGAAGGAAUGGGCUCUGGGUGUGACCCGCGAGACUGCUGAGAGAAAACGAGUAUCCAUCCCGAGCCCUGAGACUGGAUUCUGGUGUAUGUAUCGAGAUCGCCUCGGUCGUUAUUUGGUCAGUACCUUUCCCUCACCGACACCUCUUCCCCCGAGUGAGAAACCCCAGAAGGUUGGUGUGUUCCUGGACUAUGAGGGUGGACAGGUGUCAUUUUAUGAUGCAGACGAUAUGUCCCAUCUCCACACUUUCACCCACAAAUUCGCUGAGAGAAUCGUUCCCAUAUUCCAUCCGGGACUUGAUAAAAAACCGCUGAGAAUCUGUAACAUUAAAAGUCACUGA